AUUAAAGUUCUUUUUGCAAACUUAGAUUUUUAAAAUUACGAAUUCAAUUUUUGUUACUCCUGUAAUUAUUUGUAUUGAUAAUAAUAUUUAUAAUUAUCCUAAUCAAUCACGGAGUGCAGUGAUGUGAAAUUAAUUUGUGAGAUUUAUUCCAAUAAAGACUUCAUGUGACGGUUCCAAUUAAUCAUCUGGGAUCCAUGACAUUGUUAUAUUCUGUGAUGGUUUGUGUGUAUUCAGGAUUUAAAUUACGUGAAUUUAAUAAAAGUUAAUCCGGAGAAGCUUUGGAUCUGUCAGAGUAAUUAAAUUUUCAGGAGCGGUCCAGACCAGCCAUAAUGAACACAGACAACGCGUUGAAUUCCCAACGGGUGUUUAAAAAAUCAUCACCGAACAACAAGCUGACAUUGUACCUGAGCUCGCGUGACCUUAUAGUUGAGAAUGGGACCAUAGACAAAAUACAGGGUGUUCUUCAUGUGGAACCGGAGCAUAUGGAGAAUAAGAAACUGUUUGGACAGGUCACACUGACUUUCAGAUAUGGCCGCGAGGACGAGGAGGUGAUGGGGUUGAAGUUCUGCAACGAGGCCAUCAUGAGCCUGGCGCAGAUCUGGCCCCCGCACUGCGCGCACGAGCGGGAACCCAACACUUUGUUGCAGGACGCGUUAAUAAAACGUUUGGGCUCCAACGCGUACCCGUUCCACCUGGAGCUGACGCCGCUGGCGCCGCCCAGCGUGCAGCUGGUGCCCGCCAAGCAGUACCACGGCGCGCCCAUCGGCACCUCGUACGACGUGCGCGCUUAUAUCGCGGAACGAGCAGACGAGAAGGUGUCUCGUCGCAACACGGUGCGCAUGGGCAUCCGCGUGCUGCAGGGCCCGGGGCGGCCGGCGCCCCCGCCCCCGGACCCCGCGCUGUCCCCCGCGGCCCCCGCGUCCUUGGCUCCCACGUCCCCGGCCCCCGCGGCGUCCCCCCGGCCCCCGCCGUCUCCGCACGUGCUCAGUGCGCUUGCGCACCACAAUGUCUUGAGGCUAAAAACCAAAACGAAACCAGAUUCAGAAACGAAUACUAGCAGAAAUAAACGGGAUGAAAUCGAGAACAUGGAGCCGGCGCCGCCGCGGGCCGCCGUCGAGAAGCCGUUCCUACUGUCGGAUGGAAGGGUGGAGCUGGAGGCGUGGCUGGACAAGGCGACGUACUCGCACGGGGAGUCCCUGCACGUGGGGCUGGUGGUCGCCAACCACUCCUCCAAGACCGUGCGACGGAUCAAGGCGCUGGUGGUGCAGCACGUGGACGUGUGCAUGUUCUCCAACGGCAAGUUCAAGAACGUGGUGGCGCUGGUGCGCGGGACCGGAGCCCCCGUGCCGCCGGACCGCACGCUCACAGACACGCUGGUACUCACGCCGCAUCGAGGUGUGACGAAGAACUGGAUAGCGCUAGAAGACUCGUACUCAAAGACCGGCGCGAGCCUAGCGUCCACCGUGCUCUGCAACUCCAACACGCCCGAGGACCGCAACGUGUUCGCCAUCUACGUGUCCUACUACGUGAAGGUCAAGCUCACCCUGUCCGCCAUGGGGGGCGAGAUGUCCCUCAAGCUGCCCUUCACGCUGACCCACUCGUGCAUCAACGAGGCGCCCACCGACAGCGUCAUUGAAGAAGCCACUCACAAGAUGAUCCUCGAGGGCAAGGAGAGCGACGACGACCACGAGCUCGACGGAGACAAACAAAACAACAACGAUGAAGAGAAAAUACCACACGAAGAAGUAGCGUUCGGAGACGAUGCGGAACCCUCGCCCGAUGACCACCGCUGCGUCGCUGAUGUCCUGGUAAACAUAGAAAACAAGAUCAACGACCGACCGAAGACAUUCGCCGGACCGACUGAAGUGCGCGCUGUCAAGCCGAACGAUGAAGAAUUAGACCUGAUAGUGAAGUACCCUGGCUCGGACACGUGAUCCGAAGAGCCGAGCGACACCGGGCAGCGCGGCCCGACUGCCGAGGAGAAGCAGAAGAGCGAGUGGGAGCUGAUCAAGUCCAACUGCAAGGAUGAAGUGCAGGAGCACAAGGGGAGCUUCGCGGAGCACUUGAAGCGCGCCGUGUGCUGCAUCGACCGGCGCCGCCAGUCGUAGGCGACCUUGAGCGACCGGUGGCGACAGUCGUAGGCGACCUCGAGCGACCGGUGGCGGCAGUGUUAGGCGACCACGGACUAUUUUGAUACGCGUUUUAGGUACCAGUGAAUGGAAUAAGGUGACAAAAACAUUGGCAAUUUAGUAUUCGUUAUUUGAGUGCUUUGUGGUGGAUUCACGGGUUUGUUGCCAUCGCUUUGGGAAUGAUCGAGUGUAAUUUUACACUCCAUUAGUGCGCCGACCCGGCGAGCUUCGCAGAAAUCAGGAUAAUUAGUGUAGUUUUGUAAUUAAAUUUGAAUUUGUAUUAUUCUUGUGUAGUCGAGAAUUAAUUAAAUCAAUUACGAUGACACGAUGGCAGGGAUCUUGAACCUGAACGAUAUUACGCUUAAUAAUCUGUAAUUAUAAUGAUAGGUAUUUUGAAUUAUACAAAUGUAAUUAGUUUUGUAAUUUAAUAUUACUUAAUUACUUCAGUAGGGAAUAUUAUAAAUAUUAUUAGUAUACAAAUAUUUAAAAACGAUUUGUGCGUAGGUUCUAGUUUUUGUUUCCAAUUUACAGUAUUCUAACAACGCAUUACUUACAUUAAAAUUUAGGUACUACCUCCUAGGGUACCCUAACAUUUUUCAC